AUGGCGGAAAGACGGCCAAAGACGCUGGAGGAGGCCAUACACGGACUGCAGAACCUCCGUCUGUCCGUCUUCGAUGCUUCCUAUCUCAACUUGCAAGAUUCUGGAUGUCUCGUGCUCAACGAAGGUUUGGCCAAGGGUAAAUGCAGAGACACACUACGAGAGCUGUACCUUUGGAAGAAUGGGAUCGGGUAUCAGGGGAUAAAGCACAUCUCCAAGGCCCUCUCCAACCUCCCGAAGAUGAGGGAAUUGAAUCUUUUUCGAAAUCGCAUCGGAGAUCCUGGAUGCUCGUUGUUGUGCAGGAACUUGUCGGAAGGGCUUUGCAAACAGCUACAGAUCCUGUGGCUGGGAGACAAUGACAUCACCAAGUUCCCGGAGGACGUCACCAAAAUGCCAACACUCCAGAGACUGUACCUGAACCACAACAAGAUAACUUAUGUGCCACCUGAGAUCAGCAAACUUGACAACCUCAUCGUGUUGGAUCUAGACCACAAUCCACUCAAGGGCAUUCCAGAGGGAACAUACUUCCUCGGCAUGACAAAGUUACCAGGGCCUCGUUGGGAGCUUCUCAAGCCUCAUUUUCAAGAAGAGCUUCAAUCGGACAGAAGCAGUUCUGUCUGA